CCACUUAUUUAAUUUUAAACUUUGCAACAUAGUCAAAAAAUAUGGCAGCUUGGUCGCCAUGGAUAGCCAUAAUCGUCUUCACAGCAACGCUUUACACAUCCUUUACAGGAGUGAAGUCGUCCAUUAAUGGCGAUCAGAUUAGCAGCUUGCCGGGGCAACCAGCUAAUGUGACUUUCCGGCAGUACUCCGGCUACGUCGAGGUCCGCUCGCAACGGGCUCUUUUCUACUACUUUGUUGAGGCCGAAACUCAGCCAGAUUCUAAGCCACUUGUUCUCUGGUUAAAUGGAGGUCCUGGAUGCUCAUCUGUUGGAUAUGGAGCUUUCAUGGAGAAUGGCCCUUUCCGACCUCGUGGGAGAGUCUUAAUAAAAAAUCCCCAAAGCUGGAAUAAAGGUUUUUUUAGGGGGAUUUACCUAAAUAGGAGUAAAUAAACUCUUAAUUGCCAAAAUAGGACUAAAAUUGAAAAAUUCCCAAAAUAGGAGUUAUUAUUUGUUGUUGGACAUUAACACCCCUGAAACAUUGGAAACAUACUGCCGCAGGCUGCACAAGCCGGUCCGCCGCCGAUCGCCGUUCACCGCCAGCUGUCGUCGGCCGGCCGCCGCCGCCGGCCAACCGCCUCAGAAGUAGCCACCGCUGCAGAUCUGGCUGCUGCUAGUGUAGAUCUUGCCGCUGCUAGUGUAGAUCUGGCAGCCGCCACCAUAGAUCUGGCCAUCUCCGCCGUAAAUCUGGCCAGAUCUGGUACUCGAUCGCCGCCGCUGCAGAUCCGGCCGCCACCACCGUAGGUUCGGACUCUGCCACGAUAGAUCUGGAUGCCACCAUCAUUGAUAACAAGAUUUAUAUCAGAUUGCCAACAUGAGUCGAGAAUGACAUUUUAAUGGCAUUUUUAAAGAAAAAUAUGGCAUUUUUGAAGAGUAAAAUGCCAUCGUCAUGACAUUUUUAAAAUGAAAUUUGACAUUUUUAAAAAAUCAAAGAAGAUGAAUCUAUAGCCAUCGUUGAGUGAUGAGCAUUUUGAAUUUACAGAAUCUGUGAUGAAAAAAAGGAGGGAAAGAGAGAAACAUAGAAUAUCUAGAGGAGGAGUUGAAGAAGAAGGAGAAAGAAGAGAUAGCUAGGGAGAAUAACAAGCCUCAAUUUCACAAUCGGGAUCUGAACCAAAGCUUUCCGCCGGCCGCCGUUGCUCGGCGUGGCUCCUUCGGUGCUAGCCGCCGGCCACCACUUCUCGACGUGGCUCCUUCGCCGUUCGCCGUUCGCCGCCGCUCGCUAAUGUUUGCCGCUGCCAUUGCUUGUCUUUGCUUGUGGCUCCAUUGCAACUCAAUUCUGUUCUCGCAUCUAAGCUCCCGUUGAAGACUUCAGUCUUCAAACCGAUAAGAGAGAGAGCGAGCAGACUUGAUGGGUGUUGAACCGUAAAACUGAAUUGGAGGGACAUAAGUGGUAUAAUGGUCCUAUUUAGGGAAUAAGAAUAUACAUACUCCUAUUUUGGAAUUUGAGCAACAUUUUAGUCCUAUUUAGGACAAAAUACUCUUUUUUUUUGCGAGGGAAUAUAUGUUUUUCUUCUUCAAAAAGAUAAUUAUAAUAAUCUCUUCUACCACGUUUCAUUCUCUCUGUAAUGGUGAGAUCUUGACUGUUUUGAAACAUACUUAAUUGGGUACGUAUGUAAUUGAUGUGCAGAGGCAAACAUGUUGUAUCUGGAAUCCCCCGCUGGAGUGGGGUUCUCUUAUUCUCUCAAUCAAUCCUACUAUGCUUACGUGAAUGAUGAUAUGACAGCCAGAGACAAUCUGGAUUUUCUGAAAAGGUGGUUCCACAAGUUCCAAAAGUACCGGGGACGAGAGUUUUUCAUUACUGGAGAAAGUUAUGCAGGGCAUUAUGUUCCACAACUUGCUCAACUCAUCAAAAAAUCGAAGGCAAAAAUUAAUCUCAAGGGAAUUGCUAUUGGGAACCCUGAUUUGGAGUUCAACACAGAUCUCAAUGCUGUGGGACAGUAUUAUUGGUCUCAUGGAUUAAUAUCAGAUUCUACAUUUGAACUUCACAAUAAAGUCUGUAACACAUCAACCAUGCGAAGGCAAUAUAAUUCUGGAAAGCUUACGCCUCGUUGCGUUGAAAUAAACGACCAAAUCAAUGCUGAAAUUGGAGAGUAUAUUGACGUUUAUGAUGUGACCCAAGAUGUGUGUCUUUCCCAACAAUCAAACAAGUUUACUACAUUGGUACGUACUAAAUAAGUAAUUUGACAAAAUGACAUAAUAAUCUAUUUAAGAUGGAGUACGUAUAAUAUAAUGUGAUCUAGUUAUGAUCAAGAAAGUCAUAAAAUUUAUAAAGCGAGAGAAG